AUGCAGAAGCCUAUAUCAGUGGUUGUUGUCGAGGCCCACAAUGAGGCACUUUCCUACAUUUAUCGUCUCAUUGGAUCCAAACGGAUUCCGUUUUCUGGGCUUAAACUUUUGCAUUUUGACUCACAUCCGGACCUCGGGAUACCGGACAUAAAGGCUUGUGAUAUUCGACAAGACCCGGAAAAGCUAAUUUGUGCAAGCAUUGAAAAUUGGAUAAUGCCCAUGGUCUAUGCGGGCCAUGUGGAUCAUGUGCUUUGGCUACAUCCAGCAUGGUCAGAUCAAUUGGUGGAUCGCAAACCAACCUGUUACACAGUAGGAGAAAGCAAGGAGACAAAGCAACUUAGUGCAACUUUGGAACUAGACUCACUUGCCGUAUUUCAGGAAAUAACUAUGCAUUCGGAACUUUAG